AAACUAGGAAGUUGCUUUCCAAUAAAAAGUGGAGAUUUCAAGACAGGAGGCUUUAAGCAAGUUCGAGUGUAUCUGUAUUUGGUCUUGCCGAUUGGCUGGGCUCUCAUCUUCCCAGCUGACAUUAGCAGACUGCUGCUUUGCCCUGGUGGGCGCUCAGCCUGCGGCGGCACCCCUAGAAGAUCGCUAACAAGCUUCUUUCCACCCACCCUGUUCGGUUGUUCCCAGGUCUGACUUCAAGGCGCAAAAUGGCGGCCUCAUCUCUUGCUGUCCUGCGAGCGUCAAGGCUGUCAAUGGAGCCUGAAGAGUUGGGCGCAGUUGCUGGGGUAUCCAAAGCAGAGGCAGGUUGACCAGAUCAUUUGAGUUCCUGCCCGGAUGACCGUGACGCUGCUCCUGGAGCCCGCGGGCCGCAGCUGCUGGGACGAGCCGGUGCACAUCGCCGUGCGCGGCCUGGCCCCCGAGCAGCCGGUCACGCUGCGCGCGUCCUUGCGCGACGAGAAUGGCGCGCUCUUCCGGGCCCACGCGCGCUACCGCGCCGACGCCCGCGGGGAGCUGGACCUGGAGCGCGCGCCCGCGUUGGGCGGCAGCUUCGCGGGGUGCGAGCCCAUGGGGCCGUUCUGGGCGCUGAAGCCCGAGAAAGCUUGGGGGCGGCUGGUGAAGCCCGAAGUGCGGACGCCCUUCCCCGUGGAGCUGGAGGUGCUGGACGACCCCGAGCCCGGGCGGCUGCUGUGCCAGGCGCGGCACGAGCACGACUUCCUCCAGCCGGGCGUGCAGCGCGAGCUGGUGCGUGCGGGCCGGGUACGCGCCGCGCUCUUCCUGCCGCCAGGUAAAAGGUCCAGGAGUUGGGCUGCUUGGAAUUUCCGAAGGGGGUGAACUCUGCCUUUCCAUGGCCUCUUUCCUGAAGGGCAUCACGGCUGCUGUCAUCAUCAACAGCUCUUUGGCCAGUGCUGG